AUGUUUUCAUAUGAAGUGAUAAUGAAAAAGAAAGGUAUUGAAGAAUCAAUGAACCAAUGUGAGUCUGGACUUUCUUAUCUUGUUAAAGCAGUAAAAGCAUAUUGUGACAAAACACCUGAUAUUGCAUCAAUUUUUGUAGAUGUAAUUAAGAAUGUUAAAUUUGAUAUUCUUAAAGCAGAAGAUAAUAAAAGUCAUUUUGUUCAUCGUUUUGUACAAUUGAUGAGAGACUACAUUGACUCUUGUUAUGAACAUACAGCUGCAAAAGCAUUGUUUGGAUUAUGCGAAUUGCAUUUAAUUAAUAUAAAUGAAAUAGAUACACUUGGAAAUAUAGUUAUUGAAUUUAUGAAAAGAAUGAAUGAAUUGACACCAGAAAAUGUUGAGUCAUUAUACUCUCUUAUUCAUAUCAUUUCUGAAGUUGACUCUUCAAAUGAACUUGUUCAUUCUAUUGUUUCACUUGCAAAUGAACAAGUGAUUCCAUGGAUCAUUUCUCAUCAAGAAAUAUUGAUUCAAGACGAAAGUAAUUUGGAAAAAUAUGAUUUUCUUAUUCUUGUUCUUCUUGUCUUAUUCUGCAAAGUACCUAAAACACCUUCAAUUGAGAAAUCAGUAAAAGAAAUUUUAAAUGUUUAUGGAAAUGAUGCAGGUGAAAUUACUGACUAUUGCAACAAAUUAUUAAAUUAA